AUGGGCUUUGUUCCAGGGGGAGUGUGCCUGCCACCUCCUGGUACCCAGGGCAACGGAGCCUGUGGCUCACGUGCAGGCCGUGCCCAGGGCCACCCCUCCCUCCCUUGCAGGGCAGCAAAUCCCAAGAGCGAGCAACUGCCAGGGUCAGGAGGGCUUGGCAAGACAGCCCUGAAUCCGGUCCCCUCCAGUUCCGGGGGCGUCUGGCCACACACCCCGUCCUCAUCUGGCCUGCAGUCCCAGGAGGCACAGGUCGGCUGGUGGGAAGGGGCCCCGCAGCCGGGCGCACGCCCUCCGGAGUCUGUCCUUAGAGGAGACAGGAGGAUCGUUUAUCACAGGGGAAAGGCUGCAAGCAGUCUGAGCGGGCCCAGCACCCGGGGUGCCGACGACGUCCCGGUCCAGCCAUCGGCAGCAGGGGACCAUCUGCGGUGCCGCGUGCGUCCUGGGGCGCGUUCGUGCAUUCAUCCCGUCAUCCUUGCACCUUCCUCUGACUGUCCACGCAGCUCACGUUCACUGAGCCCCUUCGGAGCAAAGGCCUUUACAACAGAGUGUUUUAUUCACGUGUGUGUGGAUGGGAGUGUGAUCAGAGAUGCAGUAGAAAAGUCGGGGGAUCGUGAUGGGACGGUGAGGACACUGGGGGAGCAGGGAUAUUGGAACACCUCCAGGCUGAGGCGUGCAAGGUGCCGCGUGGCGGUUCUGUGGCGACCAAACCCUCUCCAGCCUGCAGACCUGCAGGUCCCAAGCUGUACUCUUAGCUCCGGAGAGCGUCGUGGGCCAGGACAAGCUCGGGACUGGAGUCCAGAGACCCAGGUGCGAGUUCCUCUUCCACCCUGAGGCCUCGGCUGCCGUCAGUGAAAUGGGGACUUUAAUGCCUGUCUGACCUACUUCCAACAAGUCCUCACUGGUGCAGAGGAGGCCUUGCAGGGCCCUCUCUAACUGUGCAGGAGGACAUGCAGGGUUAGUUUUUCCGGGACGAGAUGCUCUUUGCCCCAGUAGAUGCCCUCAGGCAUGGCGUCCAGCUGUGUCCUUCUGGGUGUCCCCUCCCAGCUGUCCAGCUCUUGCCACUCCCCAUCCCAUCCGGGCUUUUCCCAUGGGACCCGGGCCAGGCUCUGUGAGCCCAGCACCCAGGCCAGGCCACCUGAAACC